UGAAGUGGAAUCUGACAGCUCGCGCAGAACACCCGCUCACUUUCCUUGGUGUCUGUUCGUAAACGGCAGCUCGACCUAGAGUCGCGCAAUUUUCCAAAACGACAGCAGUUGACUGGGGUUCUCAGACCAGAGCUGGGUCGAGAGCGCUCCGCUGUUUCCAACUUGGAGGGAGAGGGAUAAAACUCCGCCGGAUUUUCCUGAAACCGUGAAUUAAAGCCUUGAUUCUGAUUGCCGUAACAUACCAGCACAGGAGAAUCCUGUGGAGUUUUCAUCUCGCAUUCCCUCAAGCUGAAACAGCUUCACACAUGACCUCUUCAGACCAGCUUGGCCACUGAGAGACCCUCAUAGCAGCAUGGAGAAUGGAGAGAGGUUGUGAGCGCUCUGGGCCUUGUGUGUGAGCUUUUGAUGAUGAUGCCUCCAGGUCACAUGACCUAUUCUGUUAGGACAGGACUCCUGUUCUUCAACAUCCUUCUGCUCACCAAAGCCGACUCUCCACCAAAGUUUUCCCGGACCCCCACAGAUGAGAUUGGGGUGCAGGGGGGCGCGGCCUCCUUCGUGUGCCAGGCCACUGGGGACCCCCAGCCCAGGAUCGUCUGGAGCAAAAAGGGCAAGAAAGUCAGCAACCAGAGAUUUGAGGUCAUAGAUUUUGAAGAUGGCUCAGGGUCUGUGUUGAGGAUCCAGCCACUGCGGACCCCUAGAGAUGAGGCUGUCUAUGAGUGUGUGGCCACCAACAGCGCAGGGGAGAUCAGCACCUCCACAAGCCUUACUGUCUUACGAGAGGACCAGCUGCCUCCGGGCUUCCCCUCCAUAGACAUGGGCCCGCAGCUGAAGGUGGUGGAGCGAUCCCGCACUGCCACCAUGCUGUGUGCGGCCAGCGGCACGCCCGACCCCGAGAUCACCUGGUUCAAGGACUUCCUCCCCGUCGACACCAGCAACAACAACGGCCGUAUCAAGCAGCUCCGCUCAGAGUCUUUUGGUGGUACUCCAAUCAGAGGUGCACUUCAGAUUGAUCAGAGUGAAGAAACCGACCAGGGGAAGUAUGAGUGUGUCGCUACCAACAGUGAGGGAACACGCUACUCCGCUCCAGCAAACCUCUACGUGAGAGAGCUCCGAGAAGUGCGCCGCGUCCCUCCCAUGUUCUCCAUCCUGCCGCGGGACAGUGACAUCAUGCCCGGCGGCAGCGUCAACAUCACGUGCGUGGCGGUGGGCUCGCCCAUGCCCUACGUCAAGUGGAUGCUGGGCUCGGAGGACCUGACGCCGGAGGACGACAUGCCCAUCGGACGCAACGUGCUAGAGCUCACCGACGUGCGGCAGUCGGCCAACUACACCUGCGUCGCCAUGUCCACUCUGGGCGUCAUAGAGACGAUGGUCCAGAUAACAGUCAAGUCCUUACCCAAAGCUCCGGGGACGCUGAUGGUCACUGAGCGCACAGCGACCAGCAUCACUCUGACGUGGGACAGUGGCAACCCCGAGCCCGUGUCCUAUUAUCUCAUCCUGUACCGGCCCAAGUCGUCCGAGGACCCCUUCAAAGAGAUCGACGGCGUGGCCACCACGCGCUACAGCGUGGGCGGCCUCAGCCCCUACUCCGACUACCAGUUCAAGGUGGUGGCGGUCAAUAACAUCGGUCGGGGGCCCCCCGGCCAGACCGUCGAGGCGCGCACGGCCGAGCAGGCGCCCAGCUCGGCGCCACGCAAGGUCCGAGGCCGCAUGCUGAGCGCCACCACGGCCAUCAUCCACUGGGAGGAGCCCGAGGAGGCCAACGGCCAGGUGGUGGGCUACCGCGUCUACUACACCAUGGAGCCCAGCCAGCACGUCAACCAGUGGGAGAAGGAGAUCAUCCGCGGGGCCAACUUCAUCACUAUCCAGAGCCUGACCCCCAACAGGACCUACUACAUCAGAGUGCUGGCCUUCACCUCUGUAGGAGAUGGCCCGCUCUCCAACGACCUGCAGAUCAUAGCCAAGACUGGAGUGCCCUCUCAGCCCACAGAGUUCAAGGCGGAGGCCGUGUCUGAGACCAGCAUCCUCCUCUCCUGGGUGCCGCCGGCUCAGAGCAGCCCAGAGAACCACAUCACUGGAUAUGAGCUCAUUUACAGGAAGAGCAACGAGGCUGAGGAGCAGAAGGUGACCUUUGACCCCAGCACCAGUUACCUGCUGAAGGAGCUGAAGCCCUUCUCCUCCUACACCUUCCAGCUGGCCGCUCACAGUAAACACGGGGUGGGCGCCUUCACCAGCGAGGUCAUCGCUGACACCCCUCAGACACAGCCCAUGGCCCCUCCUCAGGAGGUCAAGUGCACCAGUGCCAGCUCGACCAGUAUUCUGGUAAGUUGGAUUCCUCCACCCGAGGGCUCGCGCAACGGCGAGAUCACAGGCUACUCCAUCACCUACUUACCACUGGCGGACAGAGACAACGGCACGGCCCAGAGCGUCAGCAGCCCGCUUCCGGAAGCUUCCACGUUCCUGCUGCAGGGCCUGAAGAAGUGGACAGACUACAGUGUGAGCGUGAGCGCGCUCAACAAGGCCGGCGCCGGACCCCCCAGCCCCGCUGUCAUCGUCCGCACCGAGGAGGAUGUUCCUAGUGGUCCUCCACGUGGUGUACAAGUGGAGGUCAUAAAUUCCACCACAGCCAAGGUGAUGUGGCGUUCUCCUGUUGCUAAGCAACAACACGGUCAGAUUCGGGGGUACCAGGUGACCUACAUCCGUCUGAUCAGAGAUGAGCCUGUGGGGCAGCCCUGCAUCAGAGACCUGCUCACUGUGGGGUCAAAGGGGAAUGAUUCUGGGGAAUAUGAGUUGCUGAUCUCUGAGAUGGUGCCUGAGACAUCCUACGCUGUCUCUGUGGGUGCUUACACCACCAAGGGAGACGGGGCUCGCAGCAAAGCCAUCAUCAUCACCACACCUGCCCCACUGCCGGAGAAGCCUCGUCUGGCGGUCAGCCAGCCCCGGCCGGGCACCGCCCUGCUUCAGUGGCACCCCCCUCUGAACCCCCUGAGCCCCGUGCUGGGUUACCGUCUGGCCUUCGGCCGCGCCGACAGCCCCCCGCCGCCCACGCUGGACCUGCCCGAGCAGGACCGCCGUUUCUCCGUCUCGGACCUGCAGCAGGGCGCCACCUACCGCUUCCGCCUGGCCGCCCGCAACAAGAUGGGCUUUGGCCCGGAGGCAGUUCUGGAGCUGACCACGCCCGAGGGGCCUCCCGCCGCCUACCCGCCCGAUGCCCAGGUGGUGGAGGCCAACGCCACCGCCGUCGCCCUCGCCUGGGGCGAGGUCCCGCUCGGCGAUCGCAACGGCGUCGUGCUGAGCUACCUGGUGUGCUACCAGGGCAACGGGAGCGCGACGGGGAAUGACUCGGGGGGCGAGGUGUGUGUGUCUGUGGAGGAGCGCACGGUCACUCUGACAGGCCUGCAGGCGGACAGUGUUUACGACGUCAGAGUGUGUGCUCACACCAGCAAGGGCCCCGGGCCCUACAGCCCACCUGUCCAGGUCAGGACAGGGUCACUGGAGGAGGAAGUGUUUGCCACAAACUUCCGGGUGAAAGCUGCCAUGAAGUCCUCUGUGCUGCUCAGUUGGGAGACCAGAGAGAAGCUCAACAAAGCCCAGCCUUUCACGAUCCUUUAUGGGAACAGUCAGAGUGUGGAAGUGGACGGCCGUCUGAAUAAGAAGCUGAUCUCCAGCCUGCGUCCCGAGACUCAGUACUCGUUCCUGCUGACCAGUCGUGGGCCCAGUGCCGGGGGCCUGCAGCACCGCGUGAGCGCCGUCACCGCUCCCGACCUCCUCCGCACCAAACCCCUGCUCGUCGGACGCACCGACACCACAAGCACCGUCACCGUCAAACUGCCCACACCGCAGGGCAAUGCCAAAGUCAGAGGCUUCUAUAUUGUGGUGGUGCCUCUGAAGAGACAGAGAGGGGGAAAGUUCCAGAACCCCUGGAGCAGCCCAGAUGACAUGGACCUGGAGGAGCUCCUAAAGGAGAUCAACGGCAGCAGUAAGGGUUUGCGGCUCCGGCGUCAGGCAGAGCCUCGGCCUUACAUCGCCGCCCACUUCCAGAAGCUUCCGUCCGAGUUCACCCUGGGCGACGGCCGCACCUACAGCCACUUCCUGAACCGCGCGCUGCUCAGCGGACACGAGUACGCCUGCUUCGUGCUGGCCCUCCUGGAGCUCUCGGAGAACACCGUGUACGCAACUAGCCCCUUCUCGGACCCAGUGGCCACCUCGGACCUGGACCCGCAGCCCAUCGUGGACGAGGAGGAGGGCCUGCUGUGGGUGGUGGGCCCCGUGCUGGCCGUCAUCUUCAUCGUCUGCAUCGUCAUCGCCAUCCUCAUGUUCAAGAGCAAACCUGACAGGAAGCGUGCUGAGGUGGAGGGCAGGAAGUGCAGCUUCCCCAGCAGCAAGGCCAUGAGCUCCCACCACCCCACUGACCCUGUGGAGCUGCGCCGCAUCAACUUCCAGACCCCUGGGCCCCGAGCUGCCGGCUACCGACGCUUGUCAAGCAUGGCCAGCCAUCCUCCCAUCCCAGUCAGCGAACUGCCAGAGCAGCUGGAGAGGCUGAAGGCCAACGAUAACCUCAGGUUCUCUCAGGAGUACGAGUCUGUUGAUCCAGGACAGCAGUUCAGUUGGGAGCACUCCAAUCUGGAGGUGAACAAGCCCAAGAACAGAUACGCCAACGUCAUCGCCUACGACCACUCUCGAGUGCUGCUGUCCGGCAUUGAUGGGUUGCCAGGCAGCGACUACAUCAAUGCCAACUACGUGGACGGCUACAGGAGGCAGAACGCCUACAUCGCCACCCAAGGGCCGCUGCCCGAGACCUUCUGCGACUUCUGGCGCAUGGUGUGGGAGCAGCACACGGCCAACAUCGUCAUGAUGACCAAGCUGGAGGAGAAGUCCAGGGUGAAAUGUGACCAGUAUUGGCCCAGUAGAGGUACAGAGACAUAUGGACUCAUCCAAGUCACUUUAGUGGACACCCUGGAGUUAGCCACAUACUGUGUCAGAACCUUUGCAAUGUUCAAGAAUGGCUGCAGUGAGAAGAGGGAGGUGAGGCAGUUCCAGUUCACUGCCUGGCCGGAUCAUGGCGUCCCCGAGCACCCCACUCCCUUCCUGGCCUUCCUGCGGCGUGUUAAGGCAUGUAAUCCUCCUGAUGCUGGGCCCAUGAUUGUUCACUGCAGUGCUGGCGUGGGGCGCAGCGGCUGCUUCAUCGUGAUCGACGCCAUGGUGGAGCGCAUCAAGCAGGAGAAGACGGUGGACAUCUACGGCCAUGUGACACUCAUGCGCUCGCAGCGCAACUACAUGGUGCAGACGGAGGACCAGUACGUCUUCAUCCACGACGCCAUUCAGGAGGCCAUCACCUGCGGGAACACAGAGGUGCCCGCCCGCAACCUGUACGUCUACAUCCAGCGGCUGACUCAGAGCGACGGCCCUGACAACGUGCCCGCCAUGGAGCUGGAGUUCAAGCGUCUGGCUGGAGCCAAGGCCCACACAUCACGCUUCGUCAGCGCCAACUUGCCCUGCAAUAAGUUCAAGAACCGGCUGGUGAACAUCAUGCCCUUUGAGUCGACCCGCGUGUGUCUGCAGCCCAUCAGAGGUGUGGAGGGCUCCGACUACAUCAACGCCAGCUUCAUCGAUGGGUACAGGCAGCAGAGGGCCUACAUGGCCACUCAGGGUCCUCUGGCCGAGACCACAGAAGACUACUGGAGGAUGCUGUGGGAACACAACUCCACCAUCGUGGUCAUGCUCACCAAGCUCAGAGAGAUGGGCAGGGAGAAGUGCCAUCAGUACUGGCCAGCCGAGCGCUCUGCCCGUUACCAGUACUUUGUGGUGGACCCCAUGGCUGAGUACAACAUGCCUCAGUACAUCCUUCGAGAGUUUAAAGUGACUGACGCCAGAGAUGGACAGUCUCGCACGGUCCGCCAGUUCCAGUUCACAGAUUGGCCUGAACAAGGCGUGCCAAAGUCAGGAGAGGGAUUCAUCGAUUUCAUUGGUCAAGUUCACAAAACGAAAGAGCAGUUUGGUCAGGAUGGACCAAUUACAGUGCACUGCAGUGCUGGAGUGGGCAGGACAGGAGUGUUCAUCACGCUGAGUAUUGUGCUGGAGCGCAUGCGCUAUGAGGGAGUAGUGGAUAUCUUCCAGACAGUGAAGAUGCUACGCACCCAGAGGCCGGCCAUGGUGCAGACAGAGGAUCAGUACCAGUUCUGUUACAGGGCGGCUCUGGAGUACCUGGGGAGCUUUGAUCACUAUGCAACAUAAUAGCCUCUCCUCCCACCUCACCGCCAGGGCAGCUGUUUGGGUAGUCACUUGUAGCCACGCACACGCCCCCACCCUGGAGCAUGGCCCCCCCCCCAGGUGGCAGGACAAUGUGCAAAGCAAACAGCAUGAAUCUCCCUGCUGCACCCAGAGAACCUGACCAACCAACUCCGACCAAGACAAUACUAAUCCCUGGCUGCUCACCUCAGUCUUGUUUACAGCAGCAACAACAACAACAACAACAACAACAACAGUAAUAACAGUCACCACUGCCCGCCGUGGCACCACUGUCCGAGAGCUGCCGAGGGAAGAGCUGACCCAUGCACACACAGAGCGUUCUGUUCUCACUGGAAGAGGAGGUGCACUUUGACAGUUAGGACAUUUAAAAAGACACCCGCAUGAGGUGCCAACAGUCGUCUUUUUUCACGUCUGUAUUCUGACCAGUCCAACAAAUCUCACUUCUGCUUCCGUUUAUUUUACUGAUAUAGUUUUGUUUUGUUUUUCAUCGGUGAACGCUUUCUUUUAUAACACAGACUUACCACAGAGUAAGUUUAAGUAAUACUACUUUCUUAUGGGUAUGGGUAGAUAUGGGUAGGUUUAUUUUUUAAGAGGGUGAAACCCAAUGAAUUUGGCUUGCCUGGCCAUGUUUGUGAAAGCUCUGUAUACUGACAGAUCUGCUGUCUCUCUCAGUCUGACUCCUUUGCUUUCCUCACACUCAGAAUUAGAUCUAACUCCAGCCUAGGGAGGGUUUGUCUCAGCCUAACAGGCAUCUGUCAGGGGUGGGCAUCAUUUUUUUUGCUGGACUGCUGUGGUCUACACUGUUUGCUGGUGUAUUUGAAUCAGUACUCAGUUGUUGGUUUGUUUGGCAUUGUUGGGACCCUUUGCUUUUGAUACAGUGUUACUAUGUACGAGGGUACCAGUUUUUGAAAAGCAUUCAAGAGAAAUCAUCCGCUUAAGCACAGUGAUUCAACCUAAUAUGAUGUAAACUGUAUUUUAAAGUGUAUGUGGAGACUAGUACAGUCUUGUGCAUACCUGGCAGUUUCUAUUUAACAAUAGGCUUCUUCUUGACCUGCAUACAUGCAGAAUAUGAUUGACUGGUAUGUUUGAUGGAUUAGUGACUUUAAUACAAUACAGAGAUCAGGCCAACUGAUGCCACCACUCUCCUGUUGUGCAAUAAAAUAGAGGUAUUUUAUUCUUGAAUAAUGAUUUCUAAGUAGGAGUACGUUGAGCCCACUCUGAACAGGAAAGGGUUAGAGAACCCCCCCCCCCCCCACACACACACACAGAAAGACUCAUCUGAUUAAUACAGGACGUGUCACUUAUCUUCUGUAUCAUGAGUGAGUUCAUUAAUGCCAGAGUAGGAUUUGCACCAGUAACUCCCCGAGUUACCCGCAAGAUAUCUCUUGGUGUAUCACACCUUUCUGCACGUGGUCCACGACACCAUUCACCCACUCGAGUAGAGAAUAGCGGGGUACUAAGUGCACGCACAGCGCACUCACACACACACACACACACACACACUCCCCUGCUUGACAGUACUUUGGGUUUCAUUUGAAGUUUCUAGUGCCUUAUACCACAAACCUAUUUUGAUAGUUACUUUUUUAUUUGCCAUGUACAUGCUCAUUUGUUUAAGAUGUGUAUAUAUCUUGUUUUUUCAUAGUCUAUGUUUAGGUCGUAAUAUGAUUUUGUCAGUGACAGGAGGACCAUAAACCCUUGUCAUAUUAUUCUUUAUUCAUCUACAGUUAUCAAGGUGACAUUUUCCAUUUUUGUCAGAGAUAAACAGUUGCCAAGAACUUUUUUAACAGUGUAAAAUGGAUUUAUAUCAGAAUUAUGUUACAAAUAAAACAUCAAUUGAUGUUAAGUCAUGCAAACAGUUUAAGAAAUCAGAACAUUAUGAGAGAAUUUAUUUUGCUCAGAUCUCAAAAGAGUAUUUAAUCUCUCAUUCCCAACUCCACGCCAGUAAGGUGCUAAUGUCUCUCUCCUUCCAGACUUGUGCACUGUUGUUCAGUCUUGGCCUCACAUGUAUUAAUCACUGAAAACAUGUUAACAUCAUCACCCCUUUACUACGGCAUGGUUACACAUUGGACAUGGCCAGAGAGGCCCAUUCUAUGAAAUUUGCACUUUCUAAAUAGCUGUACUAUGCACUGGCCCACCUAAUAGAUUACCAACCUAACAAUGUUACUUGAACCCCUUGGUGUGGACUGACUAAAAUUGCUCACGUUGUGUAUAUGUAAAUGAACACAGGAGGCAAAGCUUAUUUAAAUAAAAUAGAUAUAAACUUAUUGAAUUUAAUAAUCAUUUAUGGUGUGAUGAAAUUGCACUCUGGCAAACAUGAGAUUUGCUCUGUCUACACAGUGCACAAGAAGUCACCUUUUCUUGGAGUGGAUUCACAAUAAGAUAUGUCUGUUCCCUGUAACUGAUAAUUGUACAAAUAAAAAAAAAUAAAAACGUAAUAAAAACGUAAUAAGAAUACUUAUUGACACACUGCUCAUUGAAGAAUCUAUACCUCUAUGUGUUUGAGUAUGAGAAAAGGUCUGUUCUUUUUCAAGUGAAACACGUUUUUUUAUUAUUAUUAUUAUUAUUGUUAACUGGGUCAUGUGGGUCCUGAUGAAAGUCUGUAUGAAUGUUCUGUUUCGUUUGUUGACACACAUUUUGUUUCGUACAAAUAAAGUAUGGAAGGAA